AUGGCGGGACAAAAUAGGCUUAUGGAGUUAAACAAGCUUGAUGAAUUUCGAAAUGAAGCUUAUGAGAAUGCAAGGAUUUAUAAAGAGAAUUCGAAGGCCUUUCAUGAUAAGCUGAUACUAAGGAAGGAUUUUCAACCAGGAGAUAAAGUGCUGCUAUUUAAUUCAAGACUUAAGCUCUUUCCUGGUAAAUUGAAGUCGAGAUGGCCAGGACCAUACACGGUAGUUGCUUCACUUCCUUAUGGAGCAGUACAAGUUCAUAGUAAGAAGAUGGGACACUUUAAGGUGAAUGGUCAGAGAUUGAAGCAUUAUUUGGAGGACCCGGUGGAAAAAUGCAAGUUCGUGGUGAUUUUGGAACCACUUUGA